AUGGGGUGGAAUCCGUCACACGAGUUGAUUGUCUUUCUCGUUAUCUGCGGAUGUGUGGUGUUUGUCUUCAUAGGAUACGCCUUGGCUCGACUGUACGGAGGCGACAGCUUCGACGGGCCUGGGUUGCCGGGGAUGACGCCGGAGCAGGCCUCAUACAUGCGAGAGGUCCGACUGCGGAACCGGGAGGAUAUGUUCCAUGCUCUGCAGGGCAUGGAGAAGGGCCAUCGGGGGAUGGGGAUCAUGCUGAUCGAUACGUGCCAGUAGGAAUGAAGUGAGAAUACCUCUCAUCACGCUGCACACGAUAUCGCCGGACGAUUACGAACAUCACGAGCACAAAUUAUACCGAGG